AUGGCGGAAUGCGAGUUAGCUGAUAACUUACUUGACAGCAAAGAAAUCGUAGAAAAAGUUAAGAAGUUUCUAGAAGAAGGAUGCGGGUGUUCUCAGGGUGUGAAAGGUGGCCACUGUUCUCAGCAAUUUCAGAAAGAAGUUGUGCUGUGUAAUUUAAACAACUGCCUAGAGCUAUCACAUGGAGAACUCAACCUCGUCAUAUUGGCGAACAUCCAAGCGUUCACGAUGAUCGAUGUCAUUGGGGAAAGAAGAAAGCGAAGUGCGCGCUGCAAUUUUCUUUACCUGAACAGUCCGAUCUGUAAAGAAAUGUUCUUAAAUACUUAUGGCAUAAGCUACUCAAGGUUUCGCAGAUUAAAAGAACACUAUGAAGAACACGGAAUCUGUCAAAGAGUACAUGGAAACUGCAAGAGGCUACCUCACAACACGUUGCCACAAACCGUAACCGAGGACGUCAAGAACUUCCUAACUAACUACGUUGAAGAAAAUGCUGUCCUCCUACCCGGCAGAAUCCCAGGAUUCAAAAAAGAUGACAUUCGUCUGCUCUCGUCGUCAGACUCGAAAAUGAGCGUGUGGCGCGCGUUUAAAAGAACAUGCGAUGAAACGGGAAAACAAGCUGUUUGCUACACCACAUUUUUAAAAUUAUGGGAACAGUUUCAUCCUAAUGUUGUCGUCGCCAAGCCUAUGACAGACUUGUGCCUUACUUGCCAGCAAAACACAUCGAAACUCGUGCGUUCUGCGAACCUUCCAGAUCGGGAGAAGUCUGAGUGCGUCUUGGCUCAGCAAGAACAUUUAGACUGUGUACAGACAGAGAGAGAUUUCUACAGGAACGCUUGUGCGGAGGCCAAAACCAACUUUGAGCAAUUUGAAGAGGCAAUCGAGCUGGAUGAUCUACACAACGCACGUUCCCUUGACACAACCAUCCACUACUCAUUUGACUUUGCCCAGCAGGUUCACAUCCCCAGUAACCCGAUGCAGCCAGGCGCGAUCUACUUUAAAACGCCACGGAAAUGCGGAAUUUUUGGCAUCAUGUGCAAAGCGAUCCCUCGCCAAGUUAACUAUUUAAUUGACGAAGCAAGUGACGUUGGCAAAGGGGCAAACACUACAAUAAGCUUUGUUCACCAUUACUUUCACAACCAUGGUCUUGGCGAAACUCAUGUUAAACUUCAUGCUGACAACUGUUCCGGACAGAAUAAGAACAAUUUCUUCCUUUGGUACCUGGCAUGGAGAACAGUACAUCAACUUCAUGACUCAAUCUGUUAUUCUUUUCUAAUUGCUGGUCACACAAAGUUUGGUCCCGAUCAUUGCUUUGGAAUCAUCAAGAGAUCAUACAAAGUUAGUUACGCUUCUUCUCUGUACGAACUUACCCAGAUGGUUGAGUCGUCCAGCACUGUUGGAGUAAACAAAGCCCAGCUUGUUGUGACACACGAUGGGAGAGUCAUUGUGCCGGUUUAUAAUUGGUCAGCGUUCUUGGAACAGUACUUCGUCAAGGUUCCAAACAUCAAAAAGUUCCACCAUUUCAGAUUUUCUAAAGACGAACCUGGGAAACUUUAUUUUAAAAUGUACAGUUCAUCUCCUGAACAAUCUCUGCAACUCCUGAAGAACUCCGCCAUUCUGCCACCUGCCGUGCUUCCACCCAAGGUCAAUCCCCAAGGAUUAUCCCAAGAACGAAAGCAGUAUCUGUACCGAGAGAUCCGUCAGUUUUGCAAGCCUGGAAUGGAAGAUCUGGUUGCCCCGGCGCCUUGA